AACAAAGUGAGGCCAUAAACAAAAGAGUGAUUACUCAUCAUAUUCUCUCUCUCUAAACAUCCCGCUUCUCUGAAUCCCUUCGGUAAUCGUCUCUCUUUCAGACUUCAAUUUUGAGGGUUUGUUUUUGUUGAUUUUAAAGAUAAUACUUUGAAAACAAAAGAAGCAACAAUUCCAGAAGGCUAAGGCUGUUUUUUGAAAGUCAGGUGAUUCAGAUUAGAGAUCCAGAUUUUUCUUUCAUUUUUUGUUUCUAUUCUCAUCAAAACAACUAAGAGGAUUUGUUUUUCUGUCCCUCGGGUUGCUUUUGGCUUUUCUGUUCUAAAGUUCACCUCGUUUAGCAUUGUUUGUGUACAAAACCUCCUGUUCUUUAGUUUUCAUAUAAGAAACAGGUUGCCUUCUUCAGCAUACUUCUCUCUCUCUCUCUCUCUCUCUAUAUAUAUAUAUAUAAAUUAUGGAAGCAGCUAGAGAUAUAUACAGUUACAGCAGUCCAGUUUUCUCAGAUCCCUCAAGGGAAGAGCUGAUGAAAGCACUUGAACCUUUUAUGAACGGUGCUUCAACUACCAAUACCUCUUCUCACUCCACUUUCUCUCUCUCAGAGACCUCUUCUUGUUCUUCCUAUUACCCACUUGACUUUUCUUGCGCUUCUUCCUCCUCCGACCCCAUCUUGUACCCUGAUUUUAGCUCAUCACCAUCAACCACACACAUGUUUAUUCAAGGGUUUUCGAGCAACAACCAUUUGGGUAUUGAGCAAACACCUUCAAUUGGGCUCAAACACCUCAACUCAUCUCAGAUCCUUCAUAUCCAAGCUCAAUUGAGUCAAUUACAAUCCCAACAACAACAGUACUUAACUUCUUUGUCUUCACCAGAGUCCUCAAUCCACCACCAAACACCAAGGAAAUUGCAACAGAAACCACCACCCUUUAGCUACCUUGGCCUAAAACCUGUCCCAAUGAAGCAAGUUGGAACUCCGCCGAAGCCGGUGAAGCUGUACCGGGGAGUGAGACAGCGGCAUUGGGGCAAAUGGGUUGCAGAGAUCAGACUCCCCAAGAAUCGAACCCGGCUUUGGCUUGGGACCUUUGAUACAGCUGAAGAAGCGGCUUUGGCCUACGAUGAGGCUGCUUAUAAGCUCAGGGGAGAGUUUGCUAGGCUCAAUUUUCCGAGUCUUCGACAUCAUUUGGGCCAUCAAUUCUCAGAUUACAAGCCUCUCCAUUCCUCUGUGGAUGCAAAGCUUCAAGCAAUUUGCCAAAACUUGGCUAAUUCGCAGAAACAGGGGAAUUCAGGGGAGCUCUGUUUUGUAACUGAUACAAAGUCCACAAUCAUUGAUUCAAUGCCAAAACAUGUCCCACAGGUUCAGAACGUCUUGGUUAAUUCAGGAAAUGGUGAAUUCGGGUGUCCAGGAUCGGAGCAUAUUAAGGUGGAGGCUUUGUCGCCGUCUUCUCUGUCCGGUGAAUCAUCGUCUGAUUCUUCACCGGAAUCCUGUAUGACGUUGCUGGACUUCUCGGAGCCAUCGUUUGAUGAAUCGGAGAACUUCAUGUUGGAGAAGUAUCCUUCAGAGGAGAUAGAUUGGGCAGCUCUCUAGUUCUCUCAUAACAAUAUGAUCCUCUUCUUUGAGUACUCCUAGUUUGGUUGUUUCUUUGGUGUUUUCAUAGCCUCUGCAAUUGGUCGUCUUGACAUUUGCAAAGGUGUGUAGUUUGUGUUCAUCUGUAAAGAAAGAUCUUUGUGUCUUGGUCUGCUGGUAUUUUUUCUCAUGCUUGACCGAGGGCGAGGGAGAAUUUGUAGUAUUGGGUUUGUUAAGAGUUGUGGAUAUAAGUGUAACCAAAGUGGCCUUUAAAUGUAUCAAGUACCUUGUCUAUGUAACUGUAAUUCUUGGUU